AUGCAAUUCACCACUCUAGCUUUAACUGCCCUCGCCUCCGCUCAAGCUGUCUUUGCUGCUUCCGGCUCCCAAGAGUUCGUUACUUUGGCCAUCGCCUCAGGUUCUGGUUUGCAGUACACAAGUUUCACUGCUAAGGGUGAUGACUUAUACUUCGGUUCUGGUUCCGAUGCCCUAGCUGCUAAUGUCACCGACUGUGGAUUUUUGCAAUUUACAGAUGGUUCCUAUGCUUACAUUGAAGCUGAUGGCUCUUUCAAGAAAGGCAGCCGCCAGUCGGCUAUGCCUGGUUUUGUAAUCAAGGAUGGUAGUUUAAAGUACAACAACCACAGUUUCUAUGGUGUUAAAGAUGGGGAACACUACAAAAUUUCUAGCGUGGCCGGCUCCGAAGAUUCCAUAGGCGUUCUUGUUAGAGCUCUUUCUCCAGAAGGUGGUGUUAAUUCAGUUCCAGACUAUACCCCUGAUGGCAAGGAUUGCUGGGCCGUCGGUCCUCCAGUUUCCUUUAGCAAAAGGGAUGUCGCUUCUGUAAGCUCCGGUAAUGGUGCUGCCCAAUUAGGUUCACAAGCAUCCCUCGGUGUAGGUGCCGCUGCUGCCGUAGCUGCUAUGUUAUUAUAA